CAUAACCUUAAUCGUGUUGCCUGUCAAAUUUUACUUUUGACCACCGUUUACUUAUAUAUUUUGACAAUAAGUAAUCUGUUAUAAUUUUUUUUGUUUCGAGUAGAAGAGUAGUAAUUAGGAACUACACUGAUAACUAAUAUACAAUCUGUGGUGGAGUUACGAAAGUAACAGUUACUAAUAAUAUAGCCUGAUUAAGACAUCUUGAAUGAAAGUAUUCUUGAAAAAAAAUUGAACCCUUUUUUUGAAAAAUGUCUUUGUUUGGCUCUCCUUAUUCUAAUUCAUGCAUUCAAGAUUUUGAAUAUGACGAGGAAAAGUUUGAGGAUGAAGAUGAUAAAGAUCAUGAAGAACUUCCUGAAGAAAGUGAUGAAGAUACUGAAGAUGCCAGUGAAACAGACACAGGAAGACAUCGAGAACCACUGGAAAUCAAAGAGCAAAUGUACCAGGAUAAAUUGGCUAACUUGAAAAAGAAAUUACAGCAACUCAAAGAUGGUACUCAUCACGAUUAUAACAGAAAAGUUCGAAAACUUGAAUACCAAUAUAAAGAGCGUAUACGUCUGAAUGCACUCUAUAGGGACUAUACUAUUGAAUGUGUUGAAAAGGAAUAUAUCCAGGAAAAAAAGGCAGCUGCUCGAGAGUUUGAAGAGAAAAAAAUUGAUCUGAAGGAAAACCUUAUAUCAGAUCUUGAAGACAAAAAGAGGACUGUGGAAGCAGAAAGAUUCACUAUGGAGCUCACAGGUGACUCAAUGGAGGUAAAGCCAGUUAUGACAAGAAAACUACGUCGGAGACCAAAUGAUCCAAUGCCUCUACCAGAGAAAAGGAGAAAAGCUCCAACGGCACAAAUCACUUAUCUGCUCGACGAAAAAGAGAUGGAACAUGAUUUGCGAAUUAUUAAUAAAGGAAAACUUUCUACACCAGUUCGAAAACACAGUGAGAAUUCUUGUUCAUCGAGUCCAGGACAUGUCCAGGCAGCAGUGCCCGUACAGCAGGUCGCUGAAACUCCUCUCAUAGAAACCCGAAUAGAAGAUGGAAAAUUAUUGUAUGAAAAACGUUGGUAUCAUCGGGGACAAUCCGUUUUUGUUGAAGGUCGUGACAUGCCCAAAUUCCCUGCCAAUAUAUCCGCCAUUGGCAAUGAUGCUGUUUGGGUUAAGAAAUCUGACGGUGCAAAAGUUAGGAUUUAUAUAUCGUACCUUGCCCGAGGCAAAAUCUCUCUCAAGAGAAGAGCUUCCUGAAAAGAAUUUCAGUAUUUGUGAUAAUUUAAGAUUGCAUUAAGAUUUUUGUAAAUAAUAAUGAAAUAUUUCGUUUUCUAUAAAAAAAAAUUAAUCAAGAAUUUUACAUUGUAAACUCGUUUAUCAAAAUAGAUUUUAGAAUAUAUUCAAAAAUCAAUCCGAUUUUGAAAAUUUUCGUAAAUUAUUUGCAAGUAUUCGCCAAGAGUUUCAUUUUUUCUGGUGGGUUUUUUCCUGUUUUUGGAUCCAAAUAAAGUAAUUAUUGAACGUUUUUUCUGUACGAGUCUAAAUAAAGAAGAAUAAUUUAUGA